AUACACAGCUGUCCACAGCUAUCCACGUCUAUCUACACCAUACACAGCUAUCCACACCAUACAGCUGUCAUUGGAAUAUUGCUCUCAGAUAAAGGUUUAAUAUUUUUGGUGCCCCAUUCAAUGUCAAAUAUGCCGGGAUUAUUAAUUAAAAUAAAAUUAACUUGAGAAGUCGGGUUAUCCGUGAAACAACAAGAACUACGUUUUUGCCAACAACAAAGAAUCCUGGGCAAAAGUUAGAAAGAUGAACGCUAAAUGAUUUUUUGGUGGAUAGGAAAUACUCUCAAAGUACAUUAAAUUUGAAUCUGACCUCUAACCUAGUUCUCUUGUAUUCUUAAUCUGACCGCUAAUCUAAUUUCUUGAAUUCUGAUUAUCAAAGUAUAUGUAAAAAGAUUGAGGUUAGGUUACACUCGUUUUCAGUCACACGUGCACCCUGUGCUUUUCGUUUCCGAGUCGCGACUGGUUUUUGAUAGACGUCAAUCAAAUCCCUUCAGCGAGGCCGAGGGCUGCUCUCCCGCCAUUUCUUGUUUUUUUUUUCCUACUUCACGCUCUAUUUUGGUCUCACGCUCUCGAAGCUAAUGAAACAAUGGCAUCGGCAUUCCAGAGGUUAUAGUGAUAUGAGCUCAGUGCUGAAUGAAUACCCUUUACAACACGCCAGUGGGAAGAAAAAAAGUCAGCCGUCCUUUAUAUGGCCGUCGACUACCAUGAACUAGCUCCUGUGGGCACCCCAAGAAGAUCACCAAGGCUGCUGGAAAAACUAGCCAAGAAAUUUGACAUCUUCCUUCAUGAAAUUUCUUUAGAGAUGAAAGUGAGCCACACAGCUAAUGUUCUGCAUGGUGUCAGUGACACAGCUGAACCGCCAGAAAUAAUCUCCCUGAUAAGAUCGUAUGAGUGUCCGUCACUGAUAUACACACCAGUGAAGGGUCUCUUUUGGCUCCUAAAAAGCAGCCAAUAACUCUACGCAGUGAAGACGACUUGAUGAGCUGUAAGGCUGAGUACAAGCGGGGAAACAUCAAACUCGCCUGUCGAGCAAUAAGCAUCGACAAAAAUGCAGGUACCGGAGAAACUGGUGGCACUGGAGGGAAUACAAGGAAGCGUCGCUUGGACAUGGGGGCCAAUGCAGAUGAAAAUAGGCUCUGGAAUACCACCCAUGUACAACUGGUAAAGGAUUUGGAGAAAAGAGGUGUGCUUUGGCGCUUUUGUGCUAAACAUCUAACACUCUGGACAGAUGAGAUAAUGAGCGGUAACAGUAGAGGUGUCAAUGAUGAACCUAAUUGGGAAGAGCACAUUGCUGUUGUGAUAGAACCACCCAAGAGCAGAAGGCUAUCACCUGGGUCCCAAAAGGAACGGUCACCCCAGUCAAGCCAAUCAGGCAACAGUAACUUUGAAAUGAUGAUGGCUCUAGAAGCAAAACGGAGUGAAACACUUCAAUCUGCUAUAAUGAUUAUGCUGGCACAAUCAACAGCAUUGCAGCUCCCAAGGCAGCAAACAACUGGUAUGCCAGCCCAUGCUGCUGCAGGCAAAGCACUGGCCCAGAUGACUGAAGCGGACUGUCGCUCCUGGAUUGAGUCCAUUCAGUUACCAAAGUAUGUCAAGACAUUUUCUGACAGUUCCGUUUAUGGCCCAAAGCUAGAAGCAUUUAUCCAUCCACAAUUUGGAAGGCAACUACUCAUGUCAACUGGGAUAUCAGAAGAGGACUGUAUCUCUCUGGUACCAGAGAUCUACAGAUUGAAAGCUUGUGGGUUUAACAGGUCGUCUGCAAUCUCAGUUUAGUGCAUGUCAUUAGAAUGUAAUGCAACUCACAUCUCACUGUACAUGCUUGUGUGAUUUACUUUACAUUUGAGGUCAUCUACAAGUACUGUAAAUGUUAAUGUUUGGAUCUGCCAAUACUGCUUACAUUUUAACCUAUUAUACAUAUUAUAAAAAGGUAGUUUACAUUUCUUGUUGAGUUCUAUGCACGCUAAACGUAUCCACAGUCAAGGACAUAGUUUCUGCAAACUUCGGAGGAAAGCUGAAAAAAAAAAGAUGUUGUUUGUUAUGUUUUUUUUGUUCAUCCUUAUGUUCAUGAUGGAAGCUCCUAUAGGUACAAUACAAUAUAGGUACUGCUAUAGAGAUUAUGGUCCUUUCAACAUUAGUUUGCAAUGUUUAUACUUUCAGAUGCAUCCAAUACUAAUGAAUUGUACUGAUGUGGAUCUUGAAAACAUGUAAUUAAACAAAGCUUGUGUUCAAGCAGUUUUUCAAAUUUAAGGAAUAAUGUGAUUAAAAUGAUUUCUUGUUUGAUUGAUGUCUGUACUAAAAAAUAACAUUUGACUAUUCUAUAAAUAAACUGUUGCUUUUAUGCUUACAUUAAACAGUGCCAUUUCAAAA